AUGGAACAAUCAGAUAUAAAGAUUGUUCGCCCUCUUGGCAAUCUCGAGAGAUUAUAUCUCGUUAGAAAUAAUUUACGAUAUAACGCUAAUGUUUGUACAGCUGUGCGUUAUCAGUGUAAAGAUUUCUUUUCAACUGUUUCUAUCAAAUCGUCAACCGGCCUAAAUGACAACAUAAGAAAAUCAUUACGACCGAUAAUCUAUAGCGCAUUGACCGAGCUAAUUCUCAAAGAACCAGCAUUGGCGAUUGGCAUAAGAGACCCAAAAACAAGUCGACCGCUUUUUGUUCAUGUUCCUACAAUUUAUUUAUCUCGACAAGUACGUUUUGAUAUAAUACAAUCAGACGAAAAGUUGGAGCAAAUACUGGAAAGAGAACAUGAUAAAGUAUUCGACUUGUCGAUUGAGACUACUCUGCUAUGGAGAGUAAUUGUCGGUGUGAACAUUAAGCGCAAUGAUGAGAUAUGUGUCAUAUUUUGUUACCAUUAUAGUAUGACGGACGGAAUUGGCUUUCAUAGUCUAAAUACAGUAUUCUAUAAUUCGCUGAAUAAUAUUGUUCGCAUACAUAAGAACAUUCGCAACAAGAGCUCGUUAAGUAAUAUCCCAUCUAUUGUUAAUGUUCCUUAUGCCCAGAUAUUUAAGCCCUGCGACGAGCUCCUUGACACAAACCUGUCUGUGAAACUUUUAAUGAAGAAGGUGGUUUGUAAUGCCUUAUUUCCGUCAUUCAUAAACUCCAAGUCAGACUAUUGCACUGCAGGAGAGGGUCAUGAAAUCGAUGUCAAAGACUUUCAUACUAAGUUAAAGAUAGUAACGAUCGACUCGGAUCAAGUAAAUCUACUGCUGUCAAGAUCAAAACAACAAAAAACCACGCUUCAUGCCAUUAUCCAUACAGCUCUCUUGUUUGCGGCUUGCCAUUCUCUCGCCGACCUGAACGAGGACAAAACGUUAUAUAGUCUAACACCAAUAUCCAUCCGACUAUGUGCUACUCCAUCUAUAACCGACCAAACCCUGUGUAUAUACGGUUUUACGGUUUCAAUAAAAAAGCUUAAUCAAGGGUUUUGGAACGUAUCGAGGAUGUACAAAUCGAAACUUGCAAAAGGCUCACAAAAAUCUAUUCAGCGUACUGGGCAUUUAAAAUUUAUCUCCAAGGCAAAUGAAAAGUGGGGAAAGUAUUUUAGAAGAAAGAGAAAACUCAACCCAAUGGGGAAAAAAGCAUUGCUGGAUAUCCCUAAUAUUGGCGUAUGGACGCCACAUGGAGACAACGAAUCGAAAGAUACAAGUGUAAAAAUACUGGAUUGCGUACUUUCUCAAUCACCAGACGUAGUUGGUCCCGUCAUUACGGUUAACUUACUAUUUUAUGGUGACGGGUUUAAAUGUACCUUUGUCUAUCAGAAGGGGGCUGUUCAGCCAAAAGAAAAACUCAAUCAGUUUAUUGAAGAGUUUAGGAAAAUACUGGCAGUGGUGGCAAAAGAAGGGGAUUGGAAGGGAAAAUAA